UAUGUAUAGCAAUAUGGAGAUUCAGUUCAGCCCUGAUAAAGUUAACCAGGAGAAUGGGUUCGAUGCUCUGGAGAACAUGGCUGAAAGAGACCAGUUCAUAUCUCAAAAGACAGAAUUUACAGAUUCUGAGGGAAAGACGUCUUUCGAAAUGUCCAUCUUCAAUCUCAGUAAUGCUAUAAUGGGCAGCGGCAUUCUGGGACUGGCAUUUGCAAUGUCCAACACUGGCAUUGUUCUUUUUCUAUUUCUUAUGACGGUAAUUGCAAUUCUGUCUGCUUACUCCAUCCACCUGCUGCUAAAGAGUGCUGAUGUGGUUGGUGUUCAUGUAUAUGAGCAGUUGGGCUACCGUGCAUUUGGACCGGCAGGAAAAAUCUUAGCAGCCUGCGUAAUAACCAUGCAUAAUAUUGGAGCCAUGUCCACCUACUUGUUUAUUGUGAAGAAUCAGCUGCCCUCUGUUAUGAUAGGACUUUUAAAUAAAGAACCAGACUCUGGAGAGUGGUUUCUAAAUGGAAAUUAUCUCAUCCUCAUCGUCAGUAUUGCUGUAAUCUUACCUCUUGCUCUCAUGCGACGACUUGGUUAUCUUGGCUACACCAGUGGUUUCUCUCUCUCAUGCAUGUUUUUCUUCCUCAUAUCUGUCAUCUAUAAGAAGUUUGUAACCGACUGUCCAUUUGAAAGCAGGAACACCACCACUACUAUAUCUGCCCUCAACACUACAACCAUCAGCACUAGCAACGGCACAUGUGAAGCUAAACUGGCUACACUCACACCACAAGCUGCAUAUACCAUUCCUAUUCUGGCUUUUGCUUUUGUUUGCCACCCUGAAGUGCUGCCCAUCUACACUGAGCUGAGGAAAGCAACCAAAAAGCGAAUGCAGAAUGUGGCAAACAUCUCUAUAUUAGCCAUGUUCAUCAUGUAUUUACUAACUGCCAUUUUUGGCUACCUCACUUUCUAUGGUGAAGUAAAGGACGAUCUACUAGAAAGUUACCCGACAAAGGACACACUGAUGCUUUGUGUGCGGCUGGCAGUGCUGGUCGCGGUCACCCUCACUGUUCCUGUGGUUCUCUUUCCGAUCAGACGUGCUGUGUUACAAAUGCUGUUUCCUGAUAAACCGUUCAGCUGGGCUCUACACACAUGCAUCGCCCUGUGCCUCAUCACUGUGGUUGAUAUACUCGUCAUCUUUGUACACAACAUCAAAGAAAUCUUUGGUUUUAUUGGAGCCACAUCUGCACCCAGUCUUAUUUUCAUUUUACCUGGAAUAAUCUAUAUCCGAAUUGUCCCAGAUGAACAGGAGCCGUUGAAAUCACGACCAAAGAUCCAGGCAGCUUUGUUUGCAGCUCUAGGCUUCAUCUUUAUGGUGAUGAGCAUUAGCUUUAUCAUCAUUACUUGGGUGAAUGGGGAUCCUUCAUCAGUGGGAGGACACUAACACAAGACCAACUGGACCCUUUCCAGAAAUACAUGUGGACCUCUGAACCAGCACAUGCUCAGGCAGAUCAUUCCAGAUUUUAUAAAGCAUCAGUCGUAGUAUGUUUGUUUUUAAAGUUUUUAUUUAUAUUUUUGCACACAUAUAACUCGUGUUAUCGUGUUAUGUUGCCCAAAGAAUC